CUUGAGGACGUAGCACAGACACUGCUUCAUCUACUUGAGACUACUGACGCUUGAGUCACAGUAGGUUGUUUACCUGCGUUUAUUUUAUUUUAACAAAAACAACAAUGGAAGGAAACGUCUGCAACAUCCAGGUGCUUCUCCGGGCAGCUGAGUUUCUGGAUAGAAGAGAACGAGAGGCAGAACAUGGAUAUGCUUCAGUCCUGCCUCUCAGUCCAGGUCACUCUGAUAAGAGGAGCAAACAGAAGAGCAAGAAGAUAUCUGCUGGUGGCAAUAGGUCAGUUCACAAUGAGCUGGAAAAGAACAGAAGAGCUCAACUAAGACACUGUCUGGAGCAGCUCAAGAAACAAGUCCCUCUCUCAUCUGACUCCAUGAGGAACACCACCCUCAACUUGCUGAGACGAGCCCAGCUUCACAUAAAGAAGCUGCAGGAGCAGGAUGAGCGCGCAGAGAAACUGAAGGGCCGCCUGCGCUGGGAACAGAGAGAGCUGCGGGUUCGGCUCGAGCAGCUGCAGAGAGGCACAGAGAGGAUGAGGAACAAUAGUCAGGGCUCAACCAUGUCCUCUGAGAGGUCGGACUCCGACAGAGAGGACGUGGAGGUUGAUGUGGAGAGCAUCGUGUUUGACUGUGUUGACUCUGACGGACUGAACAUUACACACACUGACGCAGACCACUGUUACUCCAGCAUGGACAAAGCCUGGCUAUGACAGCAGUAAACCUAAGUACCUCACUUAAUGCCACCGGAUGGAGAGGAAGAGGAGAAAACAUUCCAAAAACAAGCAAAUGGAGGAUGAGGGACAAUGAAAAAAUAUGUUACUGAGCAACUGAACACUUGUUUUUUGUUUUUUCUAACGGAAGGAGUAAGUUUUGAUGUUCUCCUUUCAAAUUAUGUCAGACUACAAGCUAAACAAUAAUGAAUGAAUGAGCUGUGUCCAUUUGCACUGAAUAGCAGUUAAAAUCACUGGGCUGAGAUGGAUGUAACAUUACGCAUAUAUAUAUUUUGGCAUCGACCAUAAAUGGCUUUUUUUCCCCCUAAGCCAUGAGGUGUAACUUACAGUGAUUAUGUAAGUUUUCUAAAUCCAAAUAAGGGCUUUUUAUUCAAAACUCUUAACUUAUUCUUUACUACAGUAUGUCUAUACUGAAUUCUGCCUUAAAUCAGAUUUGGUCUAGUAGUCAAUACAGCUUCUCUUUAGCACUAAGUUCAUAUUUCAUGUCAUGUGUAGCAUGCACUUAUACAAUAAUCUGUGCUAUGUUUUGUAUUAUUGUCCUAUUAUGUAAGUUCAGUCAUGUGUUUUGUUCUUUUUCUUCUGUUGCACAAAACGACCACACAUUGCACUUGUUUUUAUCUCAGAAGGAUUGUGGGUAUAUCAAAAUGAAAAACAGUGAAGAGAAAUUAACUGGUCACCUUUGCACAUUGAUAUGUGGCAUUUACAUAACCAUGCCAAAUAUUAAUUUAGUGUAUUUGUACACAAUUCAGUCUGUGGUUAAGUGCAAGAAUUUCAAUGUCUGUGUGAAAGAUAAAUUGUGAGCAUUGCGGGUUGGGGGCUCCUUGCACAGAUCAAAUGAGUUUUCUUCACUGCUUAUAUUCUUUGCAGUGUCCAUUAGCACAACUGUACACUUCGCUGCUUGUGCAUUUGUCAAUUAAAAUGUUAAUUUUGCAUGCACCAAAUUCACCACAGUCAAGCAGGUAAUGUCUACUUGUAAUGAUUAUGCAAUUAAUGCUGUAUUACAAGUAUCUAAUCUAUUCACUGCUAUAUAUUUAAUAACUGAAGGUGCUUUUUCCCUUCAUUUUUGUAUAUGCAAGAUGCCUUAUUACCUUUUUCAUAGUAUGUAUGCAUUCAUCUGUCUCUCCGCCCAGUAAUAUUAUGUAGCAUUUUGUACUGGUGUAAUCUUUUUUUUUUAUUUUUUAUGAAUAAAUAUUUUCUAUAUUUA